AUGGGUCUCCCGUCGGCCUGUGUGGGCGCCAUCGUCGCUGCACUGCUCCUGGUUUCAGGUGCCGCUGCCUCGAUGUUUGUCACCGACCAGAUCCAGCCGACGUUUUCGCUCCUGAAGUCGAGGGGGUGUCUGCCGGAUGACUUCAACAACUCGGCCUCUAAACCCGCCGCCCCCAACUGCAUGAAUCUGGUCAACGACGGUGAUCUGCCAAAGACAUGCGAGGGCGUUCCUCGCCUCUCCCUGUUUUACGUCUGCUACGCUAAAAGCCAGGGGAUGCUGGGCGAUACACCCAUCCCACCGACGGGCGAUAAGCUGAAGGAGGCCAUCGCGUUCCUCCUCGCCCAGAUGAAGGGACGCAAAGCCAAGUACACGAGUGACGCCGGCUGGAUCAUCAACGCCUACCAUAUCAUGGACGAGUGUGCGGCGCAGCGCGCGGCGGGCCUGUCGCUGCCGCGCGCUGCCGUCUACAGUCUGCACUGCCUGCGCUGGUCGUGGUUCGUCGACUGUGACCGGCAACAGGAGGAGCGAGGAGAGCUGGACUCGGCCGGCGCGAGCCGCCGAGCCGCCUUCCUCUGCGGCCAGUGUCCGCUCAGCCCAGCCUCCCUGCGGGCCGUCCUGGAGAGCGCCACCGCUCGCACCCUGGAACAGUGUGACACGGGAGCUCCGGCCGAGGAAGACCCCCAUCAGAGGUACGCCAAUGGUGUUGCGAAGGUUAUCAGCCUUCUAGAGAACUUUCAGAGCGGCAACAAGCUCAAGUAUGACGAACUGCAGAGCGCCGUCACCAACGAGCUCUCUGGUGCCAACAGCGAGAUGGCCGAGAAGCUGAUGAAGGUUUAUUCUUGUGCGAGUCCACCAAGACGAGCGAGGACUUUGUCCAGUGCUGGGCGGAGAUCGGCGUGCUCAGCUGCAUUUAUCAGGAGGCCAACAAGGUGGCUGCCGCGUUUCCGGAUCAGUGUAAACUGUCCGCCUGAGCCGGGAACGGUGUAAUCUGUCCGCCUAAGUCGGGGGCAGGAGGCUAAGAUAGCUGGGGUUGGGUACUGGGAGACGGGGUAU